GUGAAUUGAUGUAUAUCACUUUUGUUCACAUCUUCAGGAAGAAGCCCUGAGGCGGCAGAGAGAGCAGGAAAUUGCACUAAGACGACAGCGGGAGGAAGAGGAACGACAACAGCAGGAGGAAGCACUUAGAAGAUUGGAAGAGAGGAGAAGAGAAGAAGAGGAAAGACGACAGCGAGAAGAGUUGCUUCGUAAACAGGAAGAGGAGGCUGCCAAAUGGGCACGUGAAGAGGAGGAGGCCCAACGUCGACGAGAGGAAAACCGGUUGCACAUGGAGGAGGAGGCAGCCAGACUACGGCUCGAAGAGGAAGAGCGAAAGCGCAAGGAGCUAGAACUCCAGCGCCAGAAGGAAUUAUUAAGACAAAGACAGCAGCAGCAGGAGGCCCUGCGCCGGUUGCAGCAGCAGCAACAGCAGCAGCAACUUGCACAGAUGAAGCUCCCUUCUUCUUCAACAUGGGGCCAGCAGUCCAGCUCAGGAGCAUGUCAGUCCCAGACCACAUUGUCAUUGGCAGAAAUCCAAAAGCUUGAAGAAGAGCGAGAACGGCAGCUUCGAGAGGAGGUAAAUUCAGUUGAAAUGAAGAACCAGGUACUCAUUUGA